AUGGGACUAAUAUGUAAAGCUGAAAAAUAUUUGAAUACAUUACUGAAUGUAUUGUCACAUGACGAACACGAUUAUCACUGCACACUUUAUCAAAUGGGUCAUAUACAUAGUAGAAAACAGGAUUUGAAUAAAACUUUAAACUACUAUGAACUUACUGAUGAAAUACGUUGCAAACGUUUACCUCCAGAUGAUAGACAUAUAGCUAAUUCAUUACAUAUGUUGGGAAAUAUAGAUAAAGAGAAAGGACAUAUUGAUAAAGCAUUGGAUAAAUAUACCAACGCAUUAAGCAUUAACAAGAAAAAGUAUUCAGAUGAUCAUAUUAUGAUAGAAGAUCUUAAAAAGAAAAUUAGUUUAACUUGCGGAUUAGAUUGUACAAAUGAAAUAUAUGGACACCCAAGUAGACAAACAUUUGGAAAAACGCGUUUAAACGCUCAAAAGGGAACCGCGAUUGUGAGUCAGUAA